AUGAAGAAAAUCGUGAAUAUAAUAUUUUAUAUCUUAUAUUUAUACAUAUAUAAAAGAAACUUAGUAGAAAACAAAACUGUAAAUAAAUCUAAUCUAAGAAAGGGAUUAUCAACUAAUAAUUCAGAAAAUGGCAUAAAAAAUAUAAAGGAUGAAGAUGAACAUAUUAAUAUUGUAGGAGAUGAUUUUUCAGCAUUUUCUUAUGGUGGUUAUCCUAUUUAUGAAACUUCAGGAAAUGUAGGAACUCAGGUUGAAACUGUAAGAGCUAUUGAUGGCGGAAAUGAUAUUUCAAUGGAUUCUAAACCUAAGGACAAUAAAAUUAGUACUGAAUCAGGAUUAGGCGAAAUGACUAUUGGAUUGGUCAGUGAAUCUGCUAGCAGUUUAGAAAAUGGUGAAAAUAAAAAAGAAAAUAUAAAAAAGGAAAAGCUUGGUACUGAAAAGGAAGGUUCUUUAGAUAGUCAUGAUAGUUCUCAGGAAAAAUUAAUGCCUAACAAUAAUUCUAAAUGGUCUGAUUUUCUUAAAAAUAUCGUAACGUUUGGUGGUUUUGGUCCCAUUGUGGUUCAUGAUGUUAGUGAUACACUUUCAGAUAUAUCUAAAGAUAAAGUUACUCAAAAGACAGCUAAAGAUAUUGGUAGUACUUUACUUGACUUUUUUUUACCAUUACCAACUCAGAACUCUAAUACACAUGAGAAGAUAAAUGAUAAUAAAAACGUAUCAUAUAUAGAUUCAAAAACAGGAUCAAAUGCAAAAGGAUCAUCUCCUACAUAUUCUCCUAUUAUGGAUGAUGGCAUAGAAUUUAGUGGUGGUUUAUAUUUUCCUGAGAAAAAGUCGAAUGAAAAAAAUAAAGAAAAAUAUGCUUUAGAAUCAUUAAAUUUAACAUCUUGGGAUAAAGAUGAUAUUGCUAAGGAAAACGAAGAUGUUAAAGAUGAAAAGGAUGAAUAUGAUGAAGAUAAGGAAGAAGAAUUGGAAAAAUACGAAAGCGAAAUUACAAAACAACAAGACGAUAUAUUAGAUGAUGACGAAGUAUUAGAAGAAGAAAUGUUAGAAGAGAAUAAAAAUGAAACAGUAGAUACAGAUGAUUUAAAGAAAGAAAAUAUACAAGAUUCAUUAAAUGAUAAUAAUUAUUUUAGUUUAAUUUAUGAGAACUAUAAGGAUAAUGGUAAAUCAAAAAAAGCUGCACAAACAUUAAUCACAGCAUUGAUAAGUAUAUUAAAUGGAAAAAAUGAAUUAGAUGCUACCAUAAGAGGAUUAAAACAUAGGUUUAUAGAAUUUUUUACAUAUAAUUAA